ACAAGAAAGGUAAUAAAGUGAAAAUGUCUUUAGAUGUAAAUAUAAGUGAACCAGACGAAUUUAACUGUAUUGAAUUACACAAUUGUAUAAAGAGUGUCGCGAAAAUUUAUGAUAUAGAUGAUUUCGUUUAUCACGUUGAUAUUGUGUGCGGUAAAGGUGAAAACUAUAUAGCAAAUGUAUUUAGAGUGUCUAUCAAUGAAACGAAUAAUGAAAAAAACAGUGUUAAUGUUAUAGUGAAAACUCUUAUCAAUACAACGAGACAAGAUUUGUUUGGAGAAUUGCAUAAGAGGGAAGUUUACGCCUAUAGAAAUAUUAUUGACAAAUUUGUUUUAUUACAAAAUGAUAUAGUAGCUAACGAAAGGACAAUACUACCGAAAUAUGUUUUUGCCAGUACAACAAAAAAUAAUGAAGUUAUUAUUUUAGAAGAUUUAUUAAUCAGUGGUUUUGUGAUUGAAAGUAAAUUUAAUAAAUAUGAAAAAUUAGAUUAUCCUCAAGUACGAUUAAUAUUAACAGAAUUAGCGAAAUUUCACGCGUUAUCGUUUGUAUUUAAAAACAAAGAGAAAAAAAAUUUUGAAAACUUACUCGAUGAUUUUAAAGAUUUGAUUUUUCAAGACAAAUUUCUAAAUAAGACUAAACUGAGAAAUUAUUUUCAAGAAUCAUAUGGAAUGUCUUUGAAUCUCAUAACCGAUGCAGACGCUAAGAAGAAGUUAGAAAGAGUGAAAGAUAAUUUAUUAGAAUUACUAAGAAUGUAUACUGAACCAAAAAGAUACAACGUAUUUUGUCAUGGAGAUUGUUGGAUCAAUAAUAUUUUGUUCAAGGACGAAGUAAAUAAAUUAUGUUUCUUGGACUUCCAAGCUAUGAGGUAUGCCAGUCCUGCGACAGACAUCCUGUACUUUAUGUACAUAUGCACAGAUUCUGGCUUUAGAUCUGAAUAUUUCGAAGACCUUAAAAUUGUUUAUUUUAACACCUUUAUAAAUUUCUUAAAACACUUCAACAUAGAAGGUAAUACUGUUUACCCACAAGAAGAAUUUGAAAAAGAUUUAACAGAAAUGCUUCCUUUUGGUCUACUUAUAGCUUUAGUAGAAUUAAGAAUGGUAACAACAAGUCCAGAAGACGAAACUAUUUCCAACGAUUCGACUGACCCUAAUGAUAGCAUUGAUACGAACAAAGUAGCACCAGGAUGUACAAAAUUAUAUGAAAAGCGAGUAAAUGAUGUAGUAGACGAAUCAAUCAACAACGGAACUUUAAAUAAGCUUUUAGAUCUUAUCAAUAAGUUAUAAAUGUAUGAUUUGACUAUCAAAAUAAAUAUGGAUACGAUCCUAUAAGUAAAAAAAAAAACUAAAAGAUUACCUGUCAGCCCCGUUAUAUGCUGGUGCACUAGAAUCUCCAAAUGAAGUUCCGUAAGCCAUUGAGCAUGGUUCCAUAACGCAUCUUUCAGUCUCUUCGGUCGGUUUUGGACCCAUACAUUUGCUAUCAGGUAACUUUGCAAUUGUACGACUGAAUUCUAAGAAUAUUUUGCAAUGAACUUCUUUUUUUCUCCAACCUUCGCCGCAGGUUACGCUGCACGGACUCCAAUCAUCAUCUUUGAUGUAACUGUAUGAAAAAAUAAAGUAUAGCUUUAUGUUUGAUGAUAUCUGUACUAUAUUUUAGACGACGUGCAUGAUUGGAUGCGAAAAUAUUUAGGACUACUUAAUUCGAAUGUUAAAAAAGUAAUAAAUAUCAAGACACCGGCAGAAUUUUCGUUUGAUUUAAAUAUUUUCUUAUUCACCGUCUACUUACAUCGUUACUUCAGUGCCUUGAAAUCGUGAUGAAUAUUUAUAAUUCUAUUUAAAUUCUAAAGGGAGUUCACACAUGAUAACACAUGCUAGGUGCGAAGGGUUCGAUAUAUGUUUGUUGAAACUACCAAUCCUAAUAGAAUUCGUUCAGGCUGGUAUAUGUAGAAGUAUGUGCACCAGUGUGUCUGUGUGUAAACGCCAAUCGUACCUGGAAUCUAAUUCACAAUUUGCUGUAUAUAGCGUUAAGCGAAUAAUAACUAUGCUAAUAUAAAAUCACUCUGAAUUAUCAGAGUAAAAAAUAGCAUUGUCGGUGUCAGUGCAUAGAUGUAUAGUAUUUUAGAGUAUCGGAAAAGUGUUUCGAAGCAAAAUAAAAAGUAGACAAACUUUAGUCAGUGUAAGAUGUGCAAGGAAAUAUAAAUUUUAUAGUGCAGUGCAUAGAGUUGAAAAAGUUUAAUCGUUGAUAAAGUAAUGAUCCAUGACAGGUAAUGAGCUGAAGGGUUCUUGUGACAUAAUCGAAGAGAGUGCACACGAAAUUGAUCAGAGUUGAACUAAGAUAAUAAGUGGCAUACGUUCCAUUUUCCUUUGAAUAAAUUUUAAUGUGUCUAACCUAUCGUCACGUGAAGUCGAGAUGGCCCAGUGGUAAGAAGGCGUGAAUCUUAACCGAUGAACGUGGGUUCAAACCCGGGCGAGCACCUCUGAAUUUACAUGUGCUUAAUUUCUGUUUAUAAUUCAUCUCGUGCUUUUCGGUGAAGGAAAACAUCG